CGAUCUCUACCUAGCUACUCUCUACCUAAAGGGAACCAAAUGACGUCCUAUCUGUGCAAGAAGCUUCGCUUUGCUGCAAGAUGGCUUCGCGGGGAGCGGGGGACUCUCAGCACGCAUAAGAUGGCGAGUCCAUCCAUAUCCGCUACAUCCAGGAACAGACGCACAGAGCUCGCCUGGCUCCAAGAUGGUGGACGCCACUGGUGGCUCGGGGCUGGCAAGCCCUUUUUCAAAAUGGCGGCGGCGGCGGCAACUCUUUUUUUGGUUAGAAUCUACGGGCGGCACAGUGCACGUGACAUGAACCUAAAGUUCCAAGAUGGCGGCGCCCAUGUUGAGACGCGUGAGACAGCUAGGUUGGAGCCUGAGCAGCGCGGGAUCGCGUUUCGUGGGCGAAGCGCCCCGGAGAGAGAUCAGUUUUAAACUAGAUGAGAGAACAGCCCACAGCAGUUUGGAUCUGUUCAAAAAGGACACUGGUGUCAUCUACCGCAUGCUGGGAAUUGACCCCACCAAAGUUCCCCAGAACCCUGAACGCUUCAGGGACUGGUCUGUAGUGCUGGGUGAUGCUUCUGUGUCUAGUGGCCGGCAUUACUGGGAAGUGACAGUCAAACGAUCACAGCAGUUCCGCAUUGGAGUGGCAGAUGUAGACGUCUCCCGAGAAGGCUGCAUUGGAGUGGAUGACCGCUCCUGGGUCUUCACCUAUGCUCACCGGCACUGGAAUGCCAUGUUUGCCAAUGAGACCACUCCCAUCAGCAACAUUGGCAACCCAGAGAGAGUGGGUCUGCUACUGGAUUAUGAUAACAAGAAGCUUAGUUUGGUAGAUGUAAGCAAACAUGAGUUCAUCCACAGCAUAUCUGCUGAGUUCCAGGGCCCAGUGGUGCCUGCCUUUGCCCUCUGGGAUGGUGAAUUGCUAACUCAUUCGGGCCUUGAUAUACCUGAGAAACUCAACAGGAACUGAAAACCUCUCAAGCCCAGUGCUGUUUGUUCAGAUGGAUUCUCUGCCUGGGAGAUUACUCCUCAGGAUGGUGCACAGAGAAGGGGUUCUCUCUAUGUACUCCAGCCAUAUUUAGAGCCAGAAAUUUUCACUGCAAUCAUACUUUUUGAUUUCAGGUUGCAACUUAUCCCACUCAGAAUGAGAUUUCAUGUGUCAAUUAUAGAACCACAUUCCGGUUGUCUAUCUCUACUCCCUUAUCUUCUGCUGUGAGUGAGGUUUUCUAUCCAUACAAUCAGGCCACAUUUGGCUUAGGUUAGCUCUGGAUGGGAAAGUGUACUGGGGCUAUUUUGCUUGAAAGAGCAAACUUGUUCCUAGACAGCUAUAGUGUGUGAGUGAGCUGUACCCUUUGGUGCCUGUAGCCCAUGCCCUUUAAAUAUGAGGAGGGUCUCCUUGCCCAUCCUAAGCAACUACCUAAGCUUGAUAUGCCAGGCAAGCUGCCCACCCUUUCCUAUGUCUAUAGCCAUAGGAACUUUAUAGGAAAUGCAUAGCCACUGUUUUUCCCUGCUGGGCCAAUGGAAGGACAGCCAAACAUAUGUUACACUGAAACACUGCUGUUCAUCAGUUCCAUAAGAAUUAAUACAGAUUCCAAGAAUCCCUUUCUGCUCCACCAUACCCUUUGCAACAGCAUGUGCACAGCACACACACACACACCCCACACACACACUUGCUUUAGCUAGAAAUGGUUUAUAUUUAGUACAACACUACUAAUGGAAUAAGUGUCAAACCAAUUUAGCUCUGCUGGCCCUUUAAGACUUAGAUUAUUUGUUAUUUCUAAAUGUGGUACUAAUUAUCAAGUCAAGGAAAUCAAGGAACUGCUUCACAAAUCCAAUCUGGGUAUGUAUGGUAUUGACAAUUAUCCGAUGAGAUCCAGACCACUGACAGAUUAUCUAGAGAGUGGUUUUAUUCCAUGGAAUAUACAAGGAACUGUUUUCAAAACCAGGAAGUAGUGGCCCUUGUGCCACUUCAUGUUAACUGUGUGCAUGUGUUUAUAGAUUCAGCUGUGCAGAUAUCACAAUAAAUAAAAGUGACUCUUAUUAAAAAACAAAAACAAAAAACAGCUUCUCUAGUAACACUGACCUAGGCUGCUUAGAUUGACCAUGCUUUUGCUGAAAACUUUCAUGAUCUGGGAGGAGCCUUGGCUCAACCCAAAAAUAACACUUGGUAUCUAAACAGUAUGUGCAAAAGUUAGGCUAUAAAACCUGCAACAAUAUCACCUUGUUUACAUAGCAGCAAUAGAACACUAUGUUGCUUCAGGAUGAGACACUUGACUAUGACAUUGGAUGUUUUCUUUAGAGGCAGUAGAGUUGCUGAAAGGAGAGAAGCUCAUUGAGGGAGACACUUCCGUUUUAGAACUGGAGGCAAUUAUUUCUCCUUCCUCCCUGCCCCGCCCCCAUCUGAACUUAAGAGAAACACUUGGAAGCAAGUUAUGUCGGUGCAAUUUUAGGCACACUUACUAGGAAGUAUCCCAUUGAACCCCACAGGCCCUCGGUCUGAGUAAACAUUAGGGAUGUGCACAAACCUGUUCAGAGGCCCUUUUACGGGCCUCUGAAUAGGUUCGAACACCAGGCAGUUUGGUGAGUUGGAAGGUG